UGACCGCGCGAGCCGAACGCCGCAACAAUAACCGCGCCAGUGUAAUAAUCGACCGAACUGUACCGAACCGCGCGUAUGUUCGUCGGCCCGUCCGUCAUGCCGUCGUCGCCAUUGUUCGCCCGGGCGUGAACGCCGUGCACCCGUCGUCGAAACAAACGUCGUUGUUCGCGAUAUUUAAUAUCGCCGUCGUUGUCCGACUACCUACUACUAAUACUACUAAUACUACUACUACUACUAAUACUACUACUACUACUACCACUACGUGCGGUACGCGGGGCGCCGACUGCAGUACUCGUCAGCAUGGACGCCGCGACGAUGUUCCUGUGCUGUCUGCUGGCCAUCGGGUCCGUCGCACCUCCGGCCGGUACGUAUACCCGCGCGCGUAACGAUACUAUAAUUUUUAGCUGCCACCGUCAUUCUUGUCAACCGUGUCCGCCGUCCGGAUUGUCGGGUCCCCGGUCCGGACGACGGCGCGCGUAUUGCGGUACGCGCGCCGUCGUUGCGGUCGCCGUCCCCGCGAAUGUCGCCGGCGUUCGCGGGGCAUCCGCGUGCCCGUGGCUCUUCUUGCCGGGGGAACGGGCGGGCGAAAAACAUACCUAACCGCAGACCGGUUCCUUUGGACGGGUAACGCCACGGCUACGCGUCGACGCGCGCGCGGUCUUUUAUGCUUGCGAAACGUUUUGGUCGCGCGCAAAAACACAAAUUUUCGUUCGAGCGAACGUAAUAAACGUUACGACGCGCGCGAUAAACGUACAAGUACGGAGUGUGCGGUUUUCCGUAGGUGAGAACCCGCGAACGACGCGGUCCGCCGACGGCUGGCGUCGUUGAGAACCGCGCGUUUUGCGUCGUCCAAUACCGCGCGCAAUGUUGUCCGUUGAAAAAAAAAAAAAGUGGAAAUUCAAAACCGCACACAUCUGAUCGGCAGUGAAGAGCCGUUGCGGGCGAAACCAGAGACGCCCAACGCGGUCCGCCGGCCGGCUGCGCCCGCCCGGGCGAUUACGGCCGAAAAUCGCCGUCGAUUCGUCGGGCGAAAUCGCGUUCGAUAAGACCGCAGAGCGAAACGGUAUCGUUUUUUGGAAAACUGUACACAAAAGUGUGCGGUUUUGGACGACGGCGUGUUUUUUUUCUUUGGAAGCGUGCAGUUACCGCAUAACGACCGCGGCCGCCGGUACGCGUCUUAUUUCCCGGCGCUACCGUGCGACAGUGCAUCCCGUCGAUCCCGACGCAUUUAAAUCGAACAACAAGAGACGGCGGACGAGCUGCCAAAACAAAACGGCAACAGCUGCAGUGACCUUGAUCCGGUUCGACCAUACGGAUAGCGGAAGUAUUUUUAAAAUCUAUCGGUUUCACCGUGCGAUCGUAUUGUUCACUACUUUAUUAAAAAAAAAAAAAAAAAAAUCAAAAUAAUUGCGAAAACAAAUACCAAUGUUCACACGGCCCACGGGGGGGGGGAUACCCCACGGAUACGACACUGGCUACUCACGCUAUAAUACCCGUGCCUCUGAGGGCCGGUUCCGGGAGUGUCGAGAUUUAAAAGUGCGAGUCGUCUGUAUCGGUGAAGGGAGGAGGGGGGGGGGAAACCUCGGGUGAACCGAAGUGCUAAGACAUUGCGGUAAACGCGGCGGCCACGGCGUUCUCGUCCGGCCGACACUGAAACGUAUUUCCGAUAUUUCAGACGGACGCGAUAAUAACUGUGUGCAGUAGUCGAGUAAUUUGAAUAAUUUUACAAUUCUCACGAAAACCGUUGCCGCUGUCGAGCCGUCGUUUUAUCGUUGAUUUUAAAAGUUGAAAAUUAAUGUUUAUCGGUCUAUGACGUUAUCGUUAUAAAUGUUCGAUUUAAUUUGAAACACGCGGAUGUCAAAUGAAUCCCCUCGUGGCAGUUCGCACCGGCGAAUAAUGGCGAAUAAUUUGAUUUUCAAAUUCGUCAAGUUUUUUAUGAUACACGUCUAAUGACAUCGUAUCAAUUUAAAAACUGCAAUUACAUUUUCAAUUUAUGCUUCGCGGGAUCAGACUGUUCUGAACAACAGUUUUAUUAUACUAACGCAAUAGUUUAAUAAUGAAAACAAAACUUUACAACGUAAUACGACUAACACUGAUAGAUAUAUAUACAAUUUAGGCCGUUUCGAUUUUGAACAUUUUUUUUUUUUUCAAACUAAGACUGGAAAUUGCUUCUUGGUGGUCUCAAACUUCCAGGAAAAAAAAAUUGUUUAUCGCACGUUUAGUUUUUCCAUUUAAAUAACACGAGAAAGUAACGAUACUUUAAAUUAAAUCACAUUUAUUCAUCAAGUUCGAAAGUUAUAAGGAUGUGCAUUGUUUUUUCUUAAAUAUCACAAAAAAAUACAUAAGAUUCACUUGGAAUCAAGUGUAAUUUUACUGUUAUAAGGAUAGCUCAUUUGUAGAAAUCUAUAAAAAUUCUCAGAUUUUUUUUUUUUUUACAUUUUUAACUUAUUAUAGUCUAUGAAGCUGAUUUAUAACCAAGGUUAUACAACUUUGUAAUAUGUAUGAAAUAGUUACAAAAACUCAAUUUGUAUAGAUUUCUACAAAUGAGCUAUUACAUAUAACAGUAAAAUUUCAUUUUGUUUUAAGUGAAUCUUAUGUGUUUUUUGCGAUUUUUAAGAAAAAACUAUACGCAACCUCGUAAAUUUCGAACUUAAUGAGUAGAUGUGGCUUAAUUGAAAGUAUCGUUACUUUCCCAUGUUAUUUAAAUGGAAAAACUAAAUAUUGGAUACUCAAGAUCUAACAUUUUUUGUGAUCAAACUAUUUUUGGGCAAGUUUGAGACCACCAAGAAACAGUUUCUAGUUUUAAUCAGAAAUGUUGAAAAUCAAAACAGCAUAAUAUACAUAUACGAGGUAGGCAGUAGCGGAUCUAGGGUUAAGGAGGGGGGUCCAAGGGUCCUCCGACCCACAAUUAAUUUUAGCUGUUGAAAUCGGCCACUUUGGCUUCUAAAAACGAACUGUGAAUUUACGCAGAGCAGAGAUAUAGUAAUUAUUUGUAAUAUUAAAACCAUAUCUUUACCCUAAUCGGCGUGUGGUUGUUGAGUGAGAUGGAAAAUAAAAUAACGUCUGAGUCAGAAAACCGACAUCAGGCCAUUCGUUGUUUAUUAUCUAUGGUUCUGCAGUGAUGGAAUCCGUUCGCAAAACUGAUAAAAUGUUAUAAUUAUUACUAUUAACAAUAAAACCUAAACAAUUAAUUAGAACCUUGAACCCCUCCCCUCAGAUAGUUGAUCUCCUAAAAAAAAAACAUUAUUAUUCUUAUUAGAUGCAAACUGUCGAAAUUUAAACGUACAUUACAUUAUAAUCAGACUUAGGUAAAAUACAAUUUAAAAGUAUUCAAAAUAAAUAUUCGAAUGCGUACGAAAAAUUCAUUGCAUUCAGAAUAUGUAUUCAAAUGCAAUUUUCGAUAAAUUUUUCAAAUCAAAUACCACCGGAUGAACGAUUUUGCAUCGUUUAAAAUACUGUAAUGCGUGAACAAACCUGAGCAUUUUUCUAACAUUUUCGAAAAAAUUGUUUUCCGAGAAAGUAAGACACAUAUCUUAAAGCAUUAAAACGAGUAAAGCAAAAAGUACUUUUUCAAUAAAAUAAAAUGCUAUUUAAAACUAUUCGGAAUACGCAGUAUUGAAUACUUCUGGGAAAAAGUAUUUUUAAAAUAUUAAGAAUACUUAAAAAGUAUAAAUAAAAUAACAUUUAUUUACAAGCCAUACCAGAUCGCAUUUAAUUACUGUAUUUAGCCUCGUCCAAAAAAUAAUUCUGGGUGUAUGCUUGGUCCAAAUUAUUAGUCCUAAAAUGUGGCCUCUCAAAAAUAACUGAUCUACAAUUCCUUAACUCUAGAUCCACGACUGCUUUCGCAAAUAACAUACAUAUAUAUAUUAUGUGGGUCCGGGUCAAAAUCCCGACGGUUAAAAUCCAACGAGGUCAAAAUCCCGAUAGGGUCGAAAUCCUGACAAAGUUUAAAUCCCGACCGGGUGAAAGUCCUGACAAGUUCUAAAUCCACUGAUAUAUAGAGUAUUUUCUAUUGUAUAAAAACCCAGUAUAACGUAUGAACGAUUGUUCUAAGGUACAGAAAUGAAUCGGACAAUAUUAACUGUCAAGGUUUUAACUGCCGAGACCUGGAACGCCUCUCGUAUUAUAAUGAUUUCUCAUUAGAAUAAAACUUGUAGCUAAACGUAUUUCUAAUAGAAUAUGUUUUUGAAAAAAUUUAAUUUCGGAACUUCGUCGUUUCUUAAGCGCCACUGCAGUUUUUUCAAUAAAACAAUUAGAAUAAUACCAUAAAUUCGACCAUACACCGAAAUAAUGUUUAAACGCCUGUAAUAUCACAGCGAGUAUAAUAUGAAACAAUUAAUUUUUCAAUUACGAAAGUUUCGAAUUAUAUUUGAAGCGCCUAGAACACAAGGGGUAUAAAUGACAUUUUAUUGAUUUCGAGAAAAACAAGUUUAAAGUUAUUGGUAUUUAAUAUCAUAGUAUAUUGUCAUAUUAUUUCUGGUCUUGUGUUCGAAUGACAACAGAAAUUUAAACACUUGACAGUAAAGAUACAGUAGUGUCUUAACAGCUAUUGUGGACCCUUUUACCUAUUUACUUUUAAUAUGUUAUGCUUAUGACAUUUUUACUUGAAGACUAUUUUAGCGAUUUAUAUUAUUUUUUUUUUUUUUUACAUAUUUUAUGCGUUUACUUGUAAUACAUACGACUGUACUUACACGGCUCCCAUCACACUGCACCUAUUCAACAUUUUAAUCGCUUAUAAAUAUUAAACUACUGUAGGUAUAGUUCAAUCCGACAUCGGAGAAAUACUCGGUUUCACAAUAUAUUAUCAAAAAAUAAAAAUAAUAGAAUUUCUUUUCAUUUUUAAAAAAAAAAAAAAAAAAAAAAACUAUUGGCAAUAAGACAUUAUAGUAGGAAUACUCUGCUAAAAAUUGUUUUUUUUUUCUGUUUUCAUUCAUUUACCGUUGUAUACUUAAUAUAUUAAUCACUCUGUAUAUUCUACCGUCCCAACCUGAAAAACCAAUAUAGUACACGUGCUGUAGAAAAGUCACAACGCUGUUCCGGAAAAUUUGUCUCGUGUUGCGGUACUAUCGCGGUACAAAAGUCUCGGGUAUUCCGUCGACACGAAAAACAUGAUACAAUGUUACGCAACAUUUCGUAAUCCGUUCGUGUUCCGGGACAUGUGUGAGCCGUUGUGUAGAUAACUUUGAAAACAAUUGAAGAUUUUCGAGUACUCUCUUGUCUGAUUCGCUAUUCUUUCUUUCCGGUAACGUUAUAAAUUGUUUAAGCACAAAGAGCAAUUUCUCGAGACACGCGUUCUGAUUUCUGUAGGCGUAGACGUGCGACGUUUUUUUAGCGACGGUCUAGGCCCUAGACCUAUACAUUGUCCCUAGACUCUAGGGACAAUGUAUCGCGACUGUCCCGAUACAAAAUCGCUUGACUUAGUCCCUAUAUAGGUGCGUACUUGGCUUUAAAUAUCAACAUGUUCUUUUUCCUUUCUCUUGCCGAAGGUUCAUAAAUAUUUGAUAAACUCACCCGUUUUUCAAUAUUAUUUUGAACCGAAAUAUAUGUAUGAAAAAAAUAAAUUCAGACUCUGAAAACAGCAAGAAAUGCGAUUGGUUUUAUAAUGACAUAUGUUGUUUUUUUUUUUCUUGGUUUAUAAACUACUUUUCUAGAUUUCUAGAAAUCUCGCUCCGAUUUUCGAGCGUUAGCAUUUUUUCCAAAAGAAAGUUUUCUCUGUCCGGUGAGAGGUCAUUUUUAGCGUAAGAACUCCCUUAAUAGUUGGAGGGAGGGCGAAAUACUGGGAAUAAACAGACGAACGUAUAUCAAUUGUGGAAUUUGUUUUUUUUUUUUUGUUGUAAUUCGGUUAAAAAUAAUCGUGAAGACCUGCAAUUUGCACGGUAUAUACAUGCAUUAGUUUUUUUCUAAUGGUAAAACUGCCGAAACAUUCUGGCCAUUUUUUAAUUAUUUACUAGGCAUUUGACAUAAAUACAUACCACAAUAUGAAUGACACAAGGUUUAUCGUUGUAAGUUGUACUCGACGUUCAAAAAAAAAAAAAAAAAAUAAAAAAAAAAAAAAAUAGUUGAAAUGGUAGUUUUUUUUUUUUUUUAUAUUUUUAUAUGCUUUUAAAGUAGUAGACAUUUUAAUAGAAAACGUAAAAUCGGGGCAAACUUAUCUUUGGGUUCAUCAUACGAGUAUUUAACGAAUAUUUCCGUACAAUAUUUAUACACGAGGACAUAAAAUCGUCGCUGUCGUUGGGGUUUUUCGCUUUAAUAGACCGUAAUACAAUGUCAUUCCAUAAAAUCAGUACGUUGUUAAUGUACAUGACCCUGUGCUAGUAUACUCGCGUAUGCGUACAUUAUAAUAUAAUAUAAGCAUUUCGCUGUUUUAUUAGUAUUAUUUCGCCGUACGUCGCAUAAUAAUAAUAAUAUACUGUUCGUUAUAUAUUGACAUUGAAUAUAAUAUUAUAGACGCUAGAACGGAAACCGCACAUAAAAUAAGAGUUCGGCGGCGGCCCUUAACGUCGGACGGUCCCGGUUUUCGGGGUCGCGAUCGUAUCGCGCACAUAGCUCGUUUAUUGCCCUCUCCGCGCGUCGGGAAAACGGUCCGAAUAAAAUAUAUCAGUGUUUUCGGAUUGACUCGACCGAUAACGUUUCCGACGCAGAAAAGGUUCUCUCCCGGACUAAACGUCCCGUAUAACAAUAGCGUAUAAUAAUAUGUUAACAUAAAUAAUAAACCAUAAAAUACGUUCGAUUGCGAUCUGUUCGGUAAGUGUGCGUAUUCGUAUCUAAUAACGUACGAGUUUUCGACGGAUUCUAAAAAAAAAAAAAAAUAAUAAUAAUAACAACAACAACAACAACACUCGACCGCAGUGACGGCGCCACGGUUUUCCGUGGGCCCGUCCUGGCCCGCCCCUGCUGACGCCGCCGCCACUGCUCGGCCGAAUCAAACCGCCAACGGACUUUUGCCGUGCUUCGUAAAAUAAUACCUUUCCGCAGUGGCGUGCACUUAUGACUAACCGUGCGCCCGUCGUAUAUGCCCGGGUUAUUAUGGCGGUUUUUGUGACGUUUAAUAAAUGGACGGCGCUAAAUAUCAACGUUGCACACUUUUACGGCGAAAACUUUUUUCUACGUAAGAAUUUGAACGAAACCGAACGUUUCAACCAACGUUUGAUUUCACUGUUAACCGUACAAAAACUGCACGCUGACUUAUAGACUGACUUAACAGUCAACCGACAAUAAUUAAUUGUUCGUCAAUCGUACUCGUCUAUUAUAAUAGUUAACCUGAUCGCAACGAUUAAUAUACUCUGAAUGUGCAUUUUCGAUUAAGAAAACUGGGUGCACUGUAACACAAAGUAGCGCCGUAACCGUAAUCGUCACGGAGAAUAAAUUAUAAAUGUGUGUGGGCACAUUUACACACAUUUACACGUGUCUGGUUAAGAGGACGUCGUACCCGCGUGUGUUGAUUCCGCGAACGUAACAAAACCACGUUACUUAGAUUAGAACAUGCAUGUCGAACACGCGUCCUGCAGAUAAUUAUUUUUUUUUUGCAGCCCACGGCUACCAAUAUUAUUCGACAAAAUAAAAAAUUACGAAAUAUUUCAUUUGACAACUAUUGGUUUACAUUAUUCUGAUUAUUUCUUCCCAUAAACUGUAAUCGAAUAAUAAGUAUUACUGAUGGUUUUAUAGAUUAAUCAUUGAUGUCAUCGGUACGCUACACGCGUGCCUCUUCCAUUGACAACAUCUAAUCUAGUCGUUCGAUAACCGCCGUGUAUUAGAAUUUAAAUUUUGUCGCGCGUGUACUUUGUUAUAAUAUUAUUCCGUGAAUUUAAUAGUCAAACAUGUAUCUAUCAAAACCGAUUGGUAUUUUAAUGAACGAAAAAUGACCGAUGAACAUCGUCAAUUUAAAGAAAAUUCGGAAUUACAAUACUUGUGCAGGCAAAUUAAUAAAUAAAAUAAUUUGCUUGAUAUGUAAAAGUGUUUUAAAGUUAUAGAACAUAAGCGACAUAAGUCAAAAUACGACCAGUAAUCAGUAUGAAAGGAUACUGAGACAGAAUAAACUGAAAGACUUUAAAUCGGGGUGUAAACAAUAACAGCUAAUUGUUCACGAAAAUGCUACGAGAAAGUGAAUCUACAGUACACGUUAGUUAUGUGUUGUCUGAGUUAAUUACCAAACAUUCGAAACCGUUUACUGAAGGUAAUUUUAUAAAAACGCGUUUGAUUAAAAUGUCUACCAUUAUUUUUCCCGGAAAUCUAAAAGAUUUUCAAACCAUUUCAUUAACACAAAAUACGAUUGAUGAAAGAAUAACUGAACUAGCAUCAUGCAAUCGGAUUAAAAUUAAAUCCCAAUUUUCGAGUAUUUUUCUAUUAGUUUUGAUUAAAGUACUGAUAUUGAUGGCACAGCUCCGUUAGCUUAUUUUUGAAGAGUUAUUGGAAAUUAUACCUAUGUACGAUACUAUUACAGGAAAGGAUAUAUUAGUUUCUGUUUUUGAACUCUUGAAAAAAUAUGAUUUACCUUUGACAAAGUUAUCGUCUAUGGCCAUACAGAUGAAGCUCCUUCUAUAACGGGGAAAAAUAAACUUUUCGUUGGAAGAUUGCAAAAAAACGAUAAUGGAAAUGUUGAACGAACAUAUAUUUCAUAGGAUACGUUGUAAUGUAUUAUACAUCAAGAGGUGUUAUAUGUUUAAAAGUUAUUAAUAUGGCACAUGUUAAAUUUUAUAGUGGUUUAUAGUUUUACAGUGGUUUGAACAAAAGACAAAAACAAAUUGCAAAAAUGUCCAUAUAUAAACUGUAGCGCUGAGGCACACUAAUUAUUUAAAAACAAUUUAUAUCAAAAUUAUUGAAUAGAACAAAAGUUAUUGCAUUUGUCGAAUUUUCGUGGGACAUCGUGUGUAGGUGAACAGACGAUUUCAAACAUACGAUUUUGCCAAUAAAGGAGAUAUUGAAUUCAUAAACUUCGCCCAAAUAAAAUAAAAAAGAACAAUGUUUAGUUUACAUAUUUUUGCAAAUGGCUUAUAAUUAUUUAAUGUCAUUCAAUUAUCAUUGAAUUCAAAUAACUAUAGGCAUUAAAGUAAUUACUAUUGAUUUUAUUUAUUUACUAUUUAGAUACUAAUCUAUAAAAUCUUUCAUAUUGUAGUGGUUGAUGGUUCGAAUAGGUUUUAAACAAACAAAUGUCUAUGUUGGGGUUUUGUAUGCAUAAACUCAUAUAUAUUAUAUAUAUAGUUAACUAACCCAUUUUUGAUUCUCUGACUAAAAAGUAAUGAAAUUCAAAAUAAACAGGUAAUUAUAUAAAUAAUGAAAAUUUAAAAAAAGUUCAACAGGAAAAGUAUCUCUCCCUAAUCUUUUCACUUAAACAAGCCAUUUUCUAUCGUGCAUAUAAAUAAAUAACCCGUUAAUUGAUUUUUAUUUCUCGUUUUAGUUAGUAUACCGACUGCUGUGGAAGAACAAAAUGAAGAAAAGACUAUUGCCAAUGUGGUGAUUCAAACCACCGUCGGGCCGCAAGAGUCUACGGCCGAAAUCCCUGUUCAAACCACGUCUUUUGUAUCAGCUACUGAGUCCGUCACCGAAACUCCGGUUAUACCAACAGAACCUAACACCGAGACCCUAAAGUUUAUAUCAACAGAAUCUACCACCGAAACUCCGGUUACAACAACAGAACCUGAUACCGAGACCCCGAUUGUUGAAACCACUGUCGAACCAACGACGGAGGCUGCGACUGAUGCCGCGAUAACGAACGAUUUUGAAGUCUCGACUCAAAGCUCGAUACCGAUUGAAGUGGUCAAAGAUAAAUUAAGCGAGCAGAUUAGGAAAAUUCUGAAACACUACCAACGACCCGACCCCACGGGCUUCCCUGGAGCUCCGAUCCCCGAUCCGUUAAAAAUACCGCCUAUGAAGAGGAACUUUGGUAUGGCCGACAUGACGUUUACCAAUAUGACCGUUCAUGGACUCUCAAAAUUUCAAGUAGAUCGCGUCAACACGGACUUGAAAAAAAUGCAAGUAAGAGUAUUUCAUUGUACUAAUAAUAUCGGUACAGACGUACAAUACACAGUAAUAAUAUGACUAUUAAGCAGGUUCAGUAGGUAUGUAGGCUAGGUUAGGGUCAUAAAUUGGUAGGUUAGUAGGUUAGAUAUAAUCACAUAAAGCGAUAAAUAUUAAAAUAUAUUAAUAAACUUUAAUUGACUCGAGUCUAGCCGGAGGGAAUAAACUAGGUGUAUUAUGUGGGAGGAGACUAAUCCUCAAUAGCCCCCCCCCUUGUAAAUCGCUUUGUCUGAAAAGAUAUCGAUUGUCGCCAUAAAAUAUCUUAUUUUUAACAUUUCAUCGAUCUAGUAGGAAUGAGUAGGCAUUUAAACUGUUUGUAUUAUUCACCUAAAAUAUAAAUAAAAAACUCUUUUAUUUUGAAAAUAACUAAUCUUUUAAUAUAUGUAUAGAUAUAUCCAUAGGCGCAACAUAGCACUCCCAACUUUGGCGGUGUUAAAAUUAUGUCCCUACUGUCUCCUAUACAUAACUUUUAUGAUAAGCAACUGCAUAUUUUAUUUGCAAUGCAUUGUCUGUGAGUAAUCUGUAUUUUGUUCUGUUCGUUAAUUAUGAAUAACGCAUUGAUAAAAUAUUUAGUUGAUACUAUGAAAAAGCUUGUUGGGUUUUUCGGGGGUGCUAAAGGCCCCCUUAGAACCCCCUCUGUUGCGCCAAUGGGUGUAUGGUGUUUUACAUGUCUUAAAAACAAUAAUAUAAUAAAAAUGAUUUAUUCGGUUUCUUUUAUCCGCGCGGAAAUGGUAGGCGCCUACACGAAAUUAUUUCAUCGUCCAUUAUUAAUAAAAUUAAAUAAUUAAAAUUGUCAUCGUUUCUAUUAUAUUAUUACUUCAAUUUUCUCAAGUAAUUUUCGUGUACACGCGAGGACAACAAGUACGUUUCGACUGUUAUAGUUUUUGACUUCUUAAAACUCACUUCAUAACUCUUAACGCCCAAUUGUUUUGAACGUGAAAUUCAAUUAAAUAACUGCCAACCGAGCCAAACAAUAUGUUUACAUUGAAUACAUUUUCACGUUAAAAACACUAUAAAGCGACUUUUCGUUGAAAAAAACUUUAAACCGAUAUUGUUUCUAUCGGUAAACUUACAUAAAAAAUAAUAAUAAUACAAUUGUAUAGGUAUGCUAUAAAAUUCAAUUUUUCAGAAAUAUCUAUAGGUACAUUAUAUUAUACAGAAUGAUGAUCAACACAACGUAAGACACUAUCGCUAUUUCGGAAAUUGCUUACCUUAUUUUCGGAAUUUAUUUUUGAGAAAAUUUAAGAAACAAACCUCUCUUAAAUAUUACAUUACCAUUGUUUUUUGUCGCCGUUGUUGUCAAGGGUGAAUCCACUAUUAUCCAUUAUUGAUUUUCAAAUAGCAACCUACAGUAAAAGUUCCAUGUAAGUAGAUAAAGUUGAGUAGUUUAAAUUCAUUUUAGUAAUGACUUUUUAAAUUUUCGCCAACGGUAUCAUAAACGUUAAGUUGAUCGCCCUGUAUAGGUACACGGUUAGUGAAAAGACAAUCACUGCCAUAAAUAUGACAAUCGCUUACUGGAAAAAAUUUCGGUUUGAGAAAGAUAAAAAAAAAAAAAACUCAAAUGAAUAUCGUGUGCAGGGUUAACGCGUUAUAAUUAAAAUAUAAUGGAUUUCAACACGCUUCGCGCUCAAAGUAGACCGAACAUUAUAUUGGGUAUAGGUAUAGGUAUCCUAUGCGACAAAAUUGUAUUUUUAUUAUUUUUUUUAAAAAUGUAAAACGAAUUUGUUUUAAAUAAAACGAUUACGAUAAUAUUAUAAUAUUAUCUAUUAAAUAAGUAAAAUAAAUACUAAAAUGUAUAGCAGACUUCGAAAUCGCUCAAAUCGUGCGUUUCGCUUAAAACCGUUCAAAUACAUAUGAAAACUAUCUUACAUAAACGUAAUGAUAUUUAAUCGAGGAUCGGCGAACGUCUCCAAGAUAAAAUCACCUUGUUUUUGUAGACCAACUACAAAAUUGAUUCGAUUUUAUGAAUGGCGACCUAAUUAUUGUUAUCGAAUAAAGCUUAUUGCACUGUAUUGUGUCUGAUAUGGAUAUCCCCUUACUUUUGGACACUUUAAACGGCUCCAAAAACACACUCUCUUCGCUCAGAAUCUAAAUAAAUUGUUUUACAUGAGUCAGUAGUAAGUUAAUUUGACUUCGAAACAAUAUGUAUAUUAUAGUAUAUUAUACAUUGAUUUGACAAUUUAUGUAUUUUUAACAAAGAAUGCAAUUUUAAAAUGUAAUCAUUAUUUUCAAAAAAUGUAUCUGAUUUUUUAUCUGUUAUCUAUAAGUAAAUAUAGAUUUUAAAUUUUGGCGUUUUAUUUUUUAUCGUUUUCAAGAUAAAUUCGUAUUAACUGUGUCUCAACAUACGGUAACUUGGUGACACAGUAACAUAGCAACUUAUUAUAACAAAUUCGGCGUUGAUCUUACCGGCGUGAUCACUGUAAUAAUAUAUCGUAUAGUUUUUGUUGCUUCGGGCGAUUCCGAUCGGUAGGUACCUAAGUUUUCCGUCGAAACCGCGGCGAAUACGAAUAAGUUUUGAUCGCGUGACGUACGAUACCGAAAACGCAUAACCGCGAGAACAAUCGUGCCGACCAUACGCUAUUUAUUAUAAUUCAAUAGAAUACAAUAACGAUAACAAUAAUAAUAUUGUGCGUAUAGGCACACCGAAAUAUAUUGCACAACAAUUGCGGUUUUGUCCGAUUCGCGUGAUAAUAUUUUGGGCGGGACGUCGCCAACGGUAUGCUGGGGCCGUAUAAACUACGUAAUAUUAUAAGUUUAGGCCGUUUUGGCGCCUUGGAUUUCGUUUCGCUCGAUUUCUAUACCGAAACCAUUCGGCCCGAGACCCGAGUGAUCGACGACGGUAUUUUAAUCGGCACAAUAAUAUAAUAGCUGCAGGCUAGUAGUUAUCGUGAAUAGGGCAAUCGUUUGUGUUUUGCGUACUUGUACCGGUUGAUAAGAAACAAAAAAAUACCAAGUUAUUACGUGGCCUAACGGUUCUGUAUACGAAAUUUUGUUUUUCAUAUUUUGACGUUCUUUAGGAUUCUAGGGCAUAUUUUAACGAUUUGCGUGCACAUUUUUAAGACAUUUUCAAACUCAACGAAUCGAAAAUCACAAAACAAAUGUUCGAGAUUUAUAAACGGGGCAAAUAUUUAUGUGCUUUCGCUUAUUUCAAUUAGUUAAUCAAAAAAAAUAGCUGUUCAAAGCUAUAUCAAAGCGCGUAUAACGACUCUGAACGAUAAAAACAUUUAUUUUGCGUAUUUUUGAGCAUUUUUUAAUUUUUAACGCAUAUUUUAAGGAUUUUGUAUAUUUUGUAUAUUUUUUUUUUUUUGUGCAUGUUUUCGUAUAUUUAAAUCUAUAUAUAUAUAUAUAUAUAUAUUUAAAAGUUUUUAAGACAUAUACAUAUCAUCCGUCUUAAUCGCAAUCAAAGGUUUAUUUAGCGAGCAAUUUUCUCGGCUUAAAAGUUUGUGCGGGGUAGUUGGGUAUUAAGGAUGUCUGUUUUAUUACAGUUCGAAACCGUUUAGUUUUUCUGUAUGAUGUGAAAUCGUUUAUAUGCGUAUACGUACAAAUGGGUACGCCAUAGGUACCGGAAGAAGUGUGUAGAUCUGCGGUAUACGUGAAUGUAUAUUUAAAAAAAUAUUAUCGGGGUCUCGACGCCCUCGGUUUUUCGCUCGAAACUGCACCUCGGGGACUAUCGGCGCAUAACUUAAUCGCGCGCUCCACGUUUCGUGUAGGGGCUUUUGGUCCGACAUCACUACGGUGCAAUUUCGAACGCGCGAUAACGUUUAAAUGUUUUAUCGAAACGCUUAAUUUACUCGCGGGCACGUGACUUUGUCUUUUUUAACCCCCCCGACGCGUCAGAAACUUCGACCGCGGUGUUCUUUCGAUAAUAUUGUUAUAUUAUAUUCAACUUUUGAAAGUAUAAUAAAAAUCAUCCACGCAAACGGUUCGAAAUAAAUAAUAUGCGACCAGGGGCGGUUCUAGGAAUCAAAUUUCGUAGGAGCACCACCAGUGGUUCCAGAGAGGAGGAAAUCGAUUGAUUUAACUCCCGUUCGUGUUUAUGAGUCCCCCUUAAUAUUUUCAACUCCCUCUUUAGAGUUCGCCGAGAAACUUUCCUAACGGGAACGAAUACAUUUAUAAGUAAGCAAUGAAAUCAGCCUAAAUUCUUAAUGGCCAAAUCAUUCCCUUAACGGUUAAUACAUAUAAAAUUAUUAAUAUCUACUAAAAAGUAUAAACGUAGAUUUGUUUUAUUUUUUAUUUUUUAUCUAAAAUUUUCGGGUUACGAAACAAAGUUCAAUGAAAUCGGUCGAUUGCAAUGUUGAGACUCGUCUAGAUCAAUGUUGAUAAAUUUUCUAAAUAUUUAUCUUAAACAGAAAUGUUACUUAUCUAUCUAGAUAAAUUAUUCUGUACACAUGUACUUUUUUCAAGGCUUGGCGAUUACGAGUUGAAAACUUAAAAUUAGGUUAAAAUUUCGGUUACUUAUAGCCAAAUUAUACACAGAUUCCAGGGUCAAAAAUCUCUAGCUUCGCUCAGAAUCUAAAAACAAAUAUUUUAUACAAGUUAGUCGACUAAACUUCAUAAAAAAAUGUUAGUAUAUUAAACGUUAGUUUGACGAUUUAUGUAAUUUACACAAUAACUAAUCAAAUUUUAUAAUUUAAUCAUUGUUUUUGAAAAAUGAGCCCGUUAUCUUAGUAGUUCUAAUUCAAUUUAUCUUUUAUCUUUAUGUAGAUAUAUUUUUCAUAUUGUAUCUUGAUAAGCUUGUAAUAUCUGUGCCCCAACACUGAUUAAAUGUAUGUAGUUCUCGAGAUUUCUGCUGAAAUACAAACAAAUGUUUCCUUUCUUUUAUCUUUUUUUUUUUGUAAAAUUGCUAAUACGAUACGUUUUUGCUUUUUCUGCACUGCUCGUUGCAAUUGGUCAACAAUAUAAUUAAUACACUGUCUUCAGACGAGGCGAUAAUGUCAACGAUAAUAACAUAAACAGUUGGUUUUUAUUAUGUCAAUAAACAAUCGGGGUCAUACUAAUAAUACAACAGUAAUUACCGUUUUAUUUUUACGCGUCCAUUAAGUAUCUCGACAUAAUUUCCAAAUAAACAUAAUUUAGAUCAGUGGCGUUCGCAAGGACGAGAUUGUGGGUUACACUAUCCUCCAUUCCCAUUGGCUUAAAAUUACGACUAUGAGUAUUUAUUUAGUCAUUCCUUUUUUUUUUUUUGUUUUUAAUAUGGUUUUUAAAUUCACAUUGUCGGAUUAUGUAUAACAGAAGAUGAUUCUACGAUUUAUCCAUUAAUCACGAUUAUUAUUUACUACAUUUCCGUCCCAAUGGAAAUUCCUGGGCACUGCAGUGGCUAUACAUUAUACUCGAACGCUUUUCCAUCAUCAUGAGGUGAAUUAAACUUUUAACGUAUAAUAUCGUUCACCGACACAAUUUCGUCACACGAAACUCCGCAGAGGACUCUAUGUACACCAUUUAAUAAAAAAAUUCAUCGAAAAUAUGAGAAAAAAAAAAAAACUAUUUUGAUUUAUCGUCCGAAUUUUAAUAAAUCGUAAAUUAUAAUAUUAUUAUACGAGUAAUAUUAAAACGUACCAUAAUAAUGGGUCUUCUCAGACAAUCCACUAGGGUCCCAGUGGCUUUAAAAUAAAAUGAUGUUCAGGCUCGGGAAUUAAAAAUAAUAAUAAUAUAGUUUUUAACCAAGGGCUUUCCUGUUGCCUCGGGCCUUGAAAACGGUUUCACUGGAAAUAAUAACCAGUAUCUUUAAAAUAUUCAAAUGUUCUAAUAUUAAAAUGAUAUGUGGACCGCAUUUAAGGACAGCCAGUGUAUGCGAGGUGGGCGAUCGAGUCAAGUGAAAAUUUAGGACGAGGUUUGGCCAACCCCGAAUAUCUCGGAUGAAGACGAAGGAGAAUAAAAUUAAAAAGAAGACAUAGACGUUUUUAAAUUUUAUCAAUCUAUCUAUGAAUCCACAUUAUAUUUAUCGUUUGUUAUACUGAAUCGUAUACCCCACGAUAUAAUUUUCUCGAAAUUUGGCCCGUAUGAGUUAAGUAUCAUAGAACUUUUUUCUGCAAAAUGUUAGACCGCCAUAAACGACCGUAUCACGAUUAAAUUCAGCGUCACAGAUUUGCGUCGACAUUUUUUUUUUUUUGUUUUUUAUCGAUUUGACAAACGUAAAAGCGUGAAAGUACAACAUUUCAAAAAUACACCGGUGCAUUGCAUUAUGUUAAAUAAUUUUUGAACCGUGUUCUCAAUAUUCAAAACUGCCAUAAUGUUGUUUGCGAUGGUUUGCAGUUUCGUUUAUGUGAACAUUUUUCUGAAUUUUAGCUGAAACAUUUUUAUUAUUUUUGGAACUGCACUAAAUUAAAAUUGUACGAUGAUACACAAUUAAAAACAGCCAUAAAGUUAAAUUCUGCUGAUCGAAAAAGAUAUUAAUAUCACAAUGUAUAAGUAUCGCUUUGCGUACAGAACACAAUGUUAAAUAAAAGAUUUGUAUUGUUGAAAUAACUGAAAACCCGUAUAAUUUUCGGUUCAGAUUUGAAAUUUAAAACGCAUUUUUAUCGAAAUUACAAAUUUAAAGCAGAGGCGGUUUUGCUCCGGGAGUAUAGUAUUAUUACUGCAUCAUAUUAUUAUGUUAUGACAAUUACGCGUUACAGAAUUAUCUUCCCUGCUGGGAUUUGCUGUAUAAACGUUCCCCUUCGGUUUUACAAUCGUAACCCCAUCUGGCCGUUACCGACAUAUUAUAUCCCACUAUUUAAAACAAUAAGGCCGUUGUCUGUGUGUAGCGUAGAACAUAGUGUCUUGCAUACGGGUCGUACCAUCGAUAAACUGAAAUCGAAUAGGCGUGGUGUUUAAGAGGAGUGAAAUGGGCGUGGGCACUGAACGAUCGAAUUACAAGGGGAGGUGGUAGGUACAAUAGCAACUUUAAGGUGUGCGACCUGCAAGCUACUGCACGACGGUCCCCGGCACUAUUUAUAUUAGCCUAGUUCCCGGCAUUCAAAUAUCCUAAAAAUUAACAAUGCUACACAAUAUUUGUCCACGUGAUGUAUGUAUACGGAAACUGAAUAAUCUAUCGUUCGUGUGCCCACAGGUGUACGUGCUGCUGAAAAUCAAACGGAUGUAUGUGCUAGGUAACUAUACGCUCAAGUCGUGGUUCCAAUCCGCGAAAGGGCCGUUCAACGUGACCCUUAUAAACGUGGACGCGGCCACGGAGGCGUCGAUGGAACCGGACCAGGACGGCGUCCUGGUGCCCACCAACAUAGAGAUGGACAUGCGGUUCAAGGACUGCGAGCUGGACUUUAAGAACCUGGGCCUAGUGGCGUCGCUCUUCCAGGGCGUCAUCAGUACGCUGGGUUCGUCGCUGUUCGAAGGCAUAAAACCGUUCAUCAUCACCGAGAUGCACAACACCCUGAUGACGGAUUUAAACGGUCAGGUGAGAGCGAUCACCAAAAAGCUACCUAAGAUGGACGUGCCGAUACCGGACCUGGCGAUCGCCGAAGGACGGGCGUACGUCCGGCGGAUGGGAUACGACCCGUAUCACUUGGCCGACCGGCACAUGAAGGAGGGCCCGCUCAACAUCACCAUAUCCAACCUGACCAUCGUCGGGCUGUCCGACUUCCGACGGGUCGGAGACAUCGGGCUGCAGAUCCGCGGCCCCGUGCUCCAGUUAACCGUGCACGUGGUCACGCGCACGGUGAACGGCUCGCUCCGGUGGAAAUACGACCUGGGCCUGAACAAGAUAUUCAGCCGGACGGGCGAGUCCAACUUCACGGUGGAUCACAUUCAGGUCCGGGCGGUGGUCAACCAGACGUUGGACGUGCGCAACAAGCCGGUGCUGGAUAAACUGGACAUCGAGGUGGGCACCAUCGAGGCGCACAUGGACCGCAAGGAGACGGUGGACUACGUGAUCGAGAUGGUCGUCAAUUCGCUGCCCAAACUGAUGCGACACAUCAUCGUCGACAUACUGGAGGAGCCCAUCAAGAUGAAGGUGCAGACGAUACUGGACGACGUCCAGUUGGAGCAAAUGAUCGAGGAGAGGUUGCCGGAACUCGAUCGACUGACGGAAACGUAGCGAGGCGAGGCAGCCCACAUAUUGAUGUUAUGAAAACAAGCCAUUUAUUUUUUCGUUUCGAUUUUAUUUAUUUUUAUUGAUUUUGUUUUAUUUUUUUAUUUUUUUUUUUUUGUUUUUUUUUUUUUUGUACCGGACUCUCGCGGGUCCGAUUAUUUUCGAUACGCUCACGAUUCGUAUCUCUGUACACUUCACAUAUUUUUUAUUUUACUACCGCAUAAACAACGUUUUCGACGCGACACAAACGUUAUAAUCAUUAUUAUAAAAUAGUAAAUACAUAUUUAUUUUAUUUUCCAUUCAGAUACGUAAAAUAUAUUAUCUGUUACCGUGUUUUUUACCCAUCUCGUUUCUAGAUCAUACUCGUACCAUCACAAUGUUAUACGAUUGCUGUAUUGCCGUGGUAUUUGUUUAUCAAUAACCGCGGUGUGGAUUUCAUUUUUCUAACCGUGCCAUCACGUUUUGACUACGUUCGUGGAAUCGCGUAUUAUUUCUACUAUUUAACGUGUCUGUGUAUUCGGUUUUUAAUUUGAUAUUUUUGCAUGUUUUAUAGCGGUUUUGUAGAUUUAAUAAAGACAUUUGGGCUGUUUACGUUUGUGCGUAAUGAGAGUAUUUUUCAAAUAUUACGACUGGGGAGGCUGAUACAGCCCGAAAGUUAACUAGUGAGUUCGGUCUGUCUAAAAGUGAAGCUUUUUUUUAACGUAGCUGGAAGUGGACGCUCAAUGGAAAUUCUCACUAAAAACUGUACGAAAAAUGUAUCGUGUCCGUUCUUCUUCACCGCGGGUAAAUAACGACGGAAAAACACUAGACUAGAAGAAGAAAAAAUGUACAAACGCGCGUUCUCCACUUUGGUAAACGUCAUUGGAACAUUUGUCGCACGACACGGAAUCGGAGUAAUCAGAACCCAUUAUCUGAUACGCCCACUCGAAUGUAUUGUGCGCAUUUUAGAUUUAGAUCCAGAGACCUAAGACCUUUACUUCCCGAGACGCACACUUUUACCGUACGCGUGUCAUUAUGUCCGAACGGACGUUACACUAAAUACGCUAAUAUUUUUACGAUUCGCGUAAUACCACGUGUAUUCGACUUUUCCGCUCGGGAUUUUAUUACAGCGCCCGCGUCGAUGCGCGUUUGCAAUUUGUUUCAUCAUUCAUCGCGAUCGCAACAUCGCGAUAUAAUAUUAUAACAAGUGCGUGUGUGUGCGCGUAGGUUUUUAUCUCGGUUUCGUCGUUUGCAAUUAUAAAAUAUAUAGGUCGCGUCACUACUAUAUUACGCACGCUGCGGCUAGCGGUUUUAUUUCAUCUACAUCGUGUACUCGUCGGCGAAAAAUACAUAAAUCGACAUUUUUAUUACAGAACCGAAUGCGGUUUCGCCGUAACGGAUUGGGCGCGGCGUUUGUUUUUCAUCGCGCGUUCAAACGUGAUCCCGGAUGGGAUUCGGUAAUAACUCCGCGACAACAGAAACUUACGUGCAUGGGUCACGCGCACAGGUUUCCGGUUAACGUGCAUUAACGCGCACUUUAUCAGGGCGACGCACACGCUCCAAGCGUCCAUUUAUACCUGCCGCAGCUGUAGGUGUAGUCGCCUUGAAAUUUUUUUUUUUUUUUUUUUCAGUAACGGUCAAAAAACGAAAUCGACUAUAACAUGUGUUUUGGCGCAUUUUUCGAAUUCCGCGUAUUCGAUAAACCGCGUAUACGAAAUACCUACCGAAUUAAAUGAUAAUCGACUGUUCUAUUCGUAAUCCCGUCUCUUUACGUUAUCGAUUUGCAAAGAAAUGUUUGCAUUUCCCGUUAUAGAAUCAUUGUUUUUUACUGUUUUUAAAUAUUUUAAACCGAUAUUUACCUAUGUACCUUUCUACUUCUAUCGAUUCGAAUUACUUUUAAUUACUGAG